AUGUCACGAAUUGAUGUUGGACAUCUUCGCGUACUUAGUAAAGAUCAUAUUUACGAAUUUGGUCCAAAAGAUUCACAAUUGAAAAGUGAAAUCAAGAUCGUCAACGAUUCUUUUUGGAUUCGAUUAUUGUUAUUGAGUGAUUUGGGUUUUGCUGAGGCAUAUAUGUUAGGAGACGUGAUUUGCGACGAUUUGGUUACUCUUAUUAAGAUUUUCGUAGCGAAUAGGUCACAUCUUGACGACCUUUCAACAGUUCCUUCAUAUAUCUUUAACACAAUAAAUUAUGUUAUGAAUUCUCGUUUCGCCAAUACAAUUUCCAAUGCUAUUAAUAACAUUUCGGCUCAUUAUGAUAUAAGCAAUGAAAUGUUUGCCGCAUUCUUAAGCCGCGAUAUGACCUAUUCUAGUGCCGUAUUCGCAAGUGAAGAGGAACCUUUAGAGGAAGCUCAAUAUAGAAAACUGAGAAUGAUGAUUAAAAAGGCGAAAAUCACCAAAGAUGAUAACGUUUUGGAAAUCGGCACUGGGUGGGGUUCCCUUGCUAUUGAGGCUGUGAGGUUAACGGGAUGUCACGUUACAAGUUUAACGCUUUCAAUCGAGCAAAAGAAUCUCGCCGAAGAACGUAUCGCGAGUGCGGGAUUCUCGGAUCGUAUCAACGUGCUGUUAUGCGAUUAUCGCAAUUUACCCGCUUCACAUCAAUUUGAUAAAAUUAUAAGUAUUGAAAUGAUUGAAGCGGUUGGUCCACAAUAUCUAUCAACAUACUUUGAAUGUUGUGACAGAUUUUUGAAAGAAAAGGGGGGUAUUGGUGUCUUCCAAGUUAUUACCAUGCCCGAAACAAGAUACGAUAGAUAUUGCAAAGAAGUUGAUUUUAUAAGGAAAUACAUUUUCCCAGGAGGUCAUUGUCCAAGUGUGACGACCUUGGUGCAAGCCAUAGCCAAAGGUUCCAAAGGCAGGCUUAUUGUUGAUCAUCUGGAAAAUAUUGGACCUCAUUACGCACGUACAUUACGAUUAUGGCGCGAAAGGUUCCUGUCAGUAUUUGAUGAACUCAUUCAUCCUGCUUUAUUAAACAGUUGGCCUAAUAUGAGCCCAAGUGAGAUUGAAAUAUUUAAAAAGAAAUGGGAAUUUUAUUUCGCUUAUUGUGAAGGAGGUUUUGUUACCAGAAUUUUAGGUAAUGUUCAAGUUGUCGUAACUAGAGAAGGUAAUGAAGCUUUCUUGGAUG